AAUGAAGAUGUAGGCCAACAUCUGACGACCUGGAGGACUUGUAAAGGACAAUGUCGAGAUUCAACAUGCGUGUGUGGAUCCUUGUGUUGCUUUCUGCAGGAGCGCUGUACAGUGAGGACUUUGGUGGAUGCGAACAGCAGCCGUGUCAAAAUGGCGGACUAUGUGAAAGCCACUCAGGAGGAUUCCGUUGCCUUUGUUCGCAGCAGAGCCAAAAUGGACGCCUGUAUGGUGGAGAGAACUGUACAAUUCCCCUUUCGGGCUGUGACGAAAGCCAGUGUGAGAAUGGAGGAAUAUGUUCUCCCUCGUUUUCGAACAACCAACACACCUACACGUGCAUCUGCCUUCCAGGUUACACCGGGCCAAAAUGCCAGACCUCCACCACAUUCUCAUUUGAGUCGCGGGGAUAUAUGUAUAUCGACACCGAGCAACUGGACCCAGAAUCUCCUCUUAAUGUGACCUUCAGCUUUAGAACAGAGAACCCAACAGGGACUCUUUUUCACCGUAGAGUGGAUGACUUGCUCCUCACCAUCGAGCUGAUGGGUGGACAGCUGCGCCUCCUCAGCUUGAGAGAUCAAGGCACCAGCACUCUGGUUCAAGAACUCCCAGAGUAUUUGUCCAACAACAAGUGGCACACAGUUGAAGCAUCUCUGGGCGGUGUGGUCAGUCUCAUCAGGUUGCUCUGCAGUCAGGUCAGCUGCACCAGGGACUCGGGCGUCGAAGUCCAGCCGAUGGAUCAAGCUGCCACUCUGCCGGAGCCAGGAGUUGUUCGACAAAGCCUCUUUGUUGGAGCCAUUGGGUGGAACGGGGCUUCAGGUAGAGUCGAGGACAGAGCAGAGGACUCACCAGCCUUUCUGGGCUGCUUUAGGGAUGUCUUAGUAGAUUCACGUCUGGUGCUGCCCGGUGACGUGCCAAAAGAUUCAGACGUCCAGGUGAACAUCGUAGCUGGAUGCAGUGACAGAGACAAGUGUGAGGACAGUCCGUGUCAGAACAGAGGGCGGUGUGUGAGCCAGGGCUGGAGGAGGUACGCCUGUGAAUGCCACAGGCCGUAUGAAGGAGACGACUGUGCAGAGGAGUACAUCACUGGCAGGUUUGGAAACAAAGACCUUGAGAGCUACGCCAUGUUCUCAUUAGACAAUGAUCCUGGGGAUUCUGUAGUUAUAUCCAUGUUCAUUCGCACCAGACAGUCCAGUGGUCUGCUUCUCAUCCUGGCCAAUACCACCAGCCAGUAUCUUCGCCUAUGGCUGGUGGAGGGCAGGGUCAAAGUUCAGGUCAACAACUUUGAGACUCUUGUCGGUCGGAACACUGUCAACAAUGGCCACUUCCACCUGGUUGCUGUGAAGCUGGAAGGAACUGCAGCCACUUUGCUCCUGUCGGCUCACACCCAGGGCUCUAUGGCCAUCAGGCGAGUCCAAGCACAUCCUGGCGAUUUGGUCUUUGUUGGAGGUCUACCAGAUUCAAGAGCCUCGGCUUCAUUUGGUGGCUACUUCAAGGGAUGCGUCCAGGAUCUGAGGAUUAACAACAAGCACCUGCAGUUCUACCCAGUAUCAACUCCUGUGGAGUCGUACAACCUGGAGAAGCUUGUGGGCGUAUCAGAAGGAUGCAGCAGUGACAACGCUUGUGCUGCCAACCCUUGUCUCAAUGGAGGGGAGUGUUACUCCAUGUGGGAUGACUUUAUCUGCAGCUGUCCCCCCAACACAGCAGGGCAAAGGUGUGAGGAGGUGAAAUGGUGUGAGCUGUCUCCCUGCCCUGUUACAACUAUCUGUCAGCCCCUCUCCCAAGGCUUUGAGUGUUUGUCCAAUGUGACGUUCCGGCUUGGCAACAGCAUUCUGUGGUAUCACAGCAACAAGAAGAUUAAGUCCAACCUCUCCGGUGUCUCCCUCAGCUUCCGCACUAGGCAGUCAGAGGCCGUUUUGCUUCAUGCUCAGAGAGACUCUGAUCACAUAACGAUCUCUCUCCUUGACUCUCAUUUGGUUACGGAGCUCCUGGGUGGGGCUGAUCAUGACUCUCUGAAAGUGACAGCAGAAAGCCUGGGUCCUCUCAGUGAUGGUGAGUGGCACUUUGUGUCAAUCAGCAAGGAGAGACAGUUCCCAACAUCCAGGUGGAUCAUGGAUGUAGAUGGACACAAAGAGUACAUCAGUGUCACCAAAACAGCAGUUGGGGACUUGAAUUUUCUCAGGGAUGGAGCAGACAUUUUCCUGGGUGGCCUAAGCCAGGAAUCUGGAUUGACCUUUUCAGGAUGUCUAGGUCCAGUGGAGAUUGGGGGUCUUCAUUUACCGUUCCAUCUGGAGACAGAACUGAACCUCCCCAGACCUCAGGAGGAACAGUUUGUGAGGGGCAACAGCAAUAAUUCACCGCAGUACGGAUGCUGGGGAGCCACUGUGUGUGCUCCAAACCCAUGCCAGAAUGGGGGUAUGUGUGAGGACCUGUUCGACCAGCAUCGGUGCACCUGCCCCUCUGAAUGGACAGGAUCACUAUGCCAAGACCAGACAGACACCUGCAACUCCCACCCAUGUGUAAACGGUAACUGCACUAACCUCUCCGAGGGCUAUAAGUGUGAGUGUGAGCCGGGCUUCACUGGUGAACAGUGCGAGGUAGAAAUGGAUAUGUGUGAAAACAGCAGCUGCAACUAUGGCGCCACCUGCCUGAAAAGCUUCCAGAGCUACACGUGUCUGUGUCCUCGGAACAUGACAGGACAUUUCUGCGAUGUUAAAAUCCCUGAAACUCCGUGGUACAUAGAGACAGAUCCACUUCCUCAGUUGCCUGCCUCUUUCUGCGCGGGUACAAGGUGGAACUACAGCUGCUUUAAUGGAGGAAACUGCUCUGAAGCGGAGAAUACCUGCUACUGCCUGCCUGGAUUCACCGGUCAAUGGUGCGAGAAAGACAUAGAUGAAUGUGCCUCAGACCCGUGUAUGAACGGAGGCUUCUGCAUCAACUACGUGAACAGCUUCGAGUGCGUGUGCGACAUGAACUACUCGGGCGUGUACUGCCAAAUGGACGUCAGCGACUUCUACAUGUACCUGUUCUUAGGCCUGUGGCAGAACCUCUUCCAACUCGUGUCCUACCUCGUCAUCCGCCUCGACGACGAGCCGGAGAUCGAGUGGGGGUUCCACGUCAACGAUUAGACGAAACCAACUGGACCAAACUUUAUGUAGAUGGUCAAUCAUUUAUAUACAUCCAUUCUUUUUGUAGACUCUUCUUGUGUUUUUGGUUGAGGCAUUAUGUGUUUGGACAAUUGCUAUGAUGCGUAACCGUAUCUAGAAGAAUUUGUUUCUGAUAACAGACUAGCAUCUCAAAAACUCAAAUGAUACCUGAACUACGACCUCGAAUCCUAAAGGAGUUGAAAAAGAGGCUGCAUGGAUGUAGAGAGAGGAGGAGGAAGUUCAAAUCAUCUAUCAUCUCUACCAUCGAUCGUAUCCCCAACUGGAGGAACCACUUUUUAUUUGAAUGUACACCCAUCAUUUCCUUAAAUCUGAUUUGCACCCAUGCAAAAUUGUUAAAAGUCUCUGACAUGUUUUUUUUUCUGACUUGUUCACAAAGAACCUACGUGUUUAUCUAGCUUACAGUCCGGAGUAGAAAUGUCUUCUUCCAUGUUUUCUGGUGUUCUUCAGGUCUGGUUCUCAGACAGCUCUGUGUGUGCCUUAAAUGUCCACCUUGUGUUUUGCUGUGGUCUCAUGUUCAGAGACAGUCACACAUGUGAAGCUAGCACAACAUAUUCACAUAUAACUAUGUAAACUUGUAUAGACUUCAAAUUGUUCUACGUGAAAUGUGUACUGUAUACCCAAUGUACAAGAUGAAAACGUCAAAUAAAA